UAGUCCAGUAGGUGGCGGUAGUGCACCUUUGAGAUGAGUUCCCAACCGCCAUUAAACCUGAAAGAAGAAGAAGGAAAAAGUUAACUUCCACUUCUGAGCGCUCCGGAAAUCAGACAGCUGUGUAGAUUUCACGAGCUGUUCGGAAUGCUUUCUGUUUCCAGAUGUUUUAGUGGCAUUUGAACAAAAGCAAUAUCGGUAAAAAUGAAUUAUUUUUGGAUGACAGUAAUUUUGCACGUGACUGGUGUUUAUACAGACCUAUGCUUUGUGACGGAGGGAGAUUCAGUCAUUUUAGAAUAUUAUAUAGGAAAAGAAGUUCGGUAUAUUUGGAUGGAUCAUGAUGGCGAGGAAUAUUUUAUCCGUAACUGUAUACAUCAUAAUUGGUGUAUAUUUGAUCAUAAGGGACCCGGAGACAGACUGAAACUGUAUCAAAAUGGAUCUCUGGCCAUCACAAACACCACAGUCACAGACUCUGGAGAUUAUUCUAUAAGUGCCAGCUUUAAGAACGGUGGCUAUUUUGGAUUCUCUACUGUUGUUGUUCGUGGUUUUUUCAGUUUUGAUACAGACGGAGUGUCAGUGAUGGAGGGAGAUUCAGUCACUUUACACACUGGUGUUCUAUUGAACCAAGAAGAAAAGAUUAGAUGGUAUUUUAAUCAAACUGAAAUAGCUGAAAUCUUAGGAUAUCAUUAUAGCAGGAUCUGUACAGAUGUUCAGUGUGAUAAAGAUGCUGUGAGAUUCAGAGACCGACUGAAGCUGGAUCAUCAUUGGACUGGUUCUCUGACCAUCAGAGACAUCAGAACCACAGACUCUGGACUUUAUGAUCUACUGAUCAACAGUGCUCACCGCCGCAGCAGCAAUACUAAGAUCUUCAUCGUUGCUGUUCAUGUGCCUCCAUCAGGCUGA